GCGGGGCCGGUGGGCGAAGGUUGCUUGGCAAGAGCGUUUGGCGCGGUGCUUGGGACGCAGUGGGUACUGGAUUGUGUCCUCCAGACCCCCGGCUGGGCUGGGAACGCAAGCCGCGUCCCUUCGCGUGCACCUUACCGGCCUGCCGUCUGGGACCUUGUACCGAGCCGCCUGGAGCCUUCUCGUUCCUCCCACCCCCAGUUCCGAUACUCGCCCUCAGCCCAGCCCAGGAGGGCCAGGCCUGCUCUGUCCCCGUCCCUAUCCGACCCCGGGCACAGGCCCUUGAAAUCAGCCCUUCCCACUUUCCCGGCCCAGGCCGGCCCAGGGCCCCGAAGCCCACCCACCAACGCCUGUAGCAGCCGCUCUUGCCCUCUCUGGUCCGUGGUAGUGUUGGUUACCAUGGUGAAGCUGGCAGCCAAAUGCAUCCUGGCAGGAGACCCGACAGUGGGCAAGACGGCCCUGGCACAGAUCUUCCGCAGCGAUGGAGCCCAUUUCCAGAAGAACUACACCUUGACAACAGGGGUGGAUUUGGUGGUGAAGACGGUGCCAGUUUCUGACACAGGCGACAGUGUGGAACUCUUCAUUUUUGACUCUGCCGGCAAGGAGCUGUUUUCUGAAAUGCUGGACAAAUUGUGGGAGAGUCCUAACGUCUUAUGUCUUGUCUAUGAUGUGACCAGCGAGCAGUCCUUCAACAGCUGCAGCAAGUGGCUGGAGAAGGCUCGGUCUCAGAUUCCGGGCACCUCCCUCCCAGGUGUUUUAGUGGGGAAUAAGGCAGACCUGGCCGGCAGGCGAGCCGUGGACUCCGCUCAGGCCCAGGCGUGGGCGCUGGGCCAAGGCCUGGAAUAUUUUGAAACUUCUGUGAAGGAGAUGGAAAACUAUGAAGCGCCUUUCCACUGUCUGGCCAAGCAGUUCCACCACCUGUACCGGGAGAAGGUGGAAGUUUUCCAGGCGUUGGUGUGAUGGUGGUGGUGGAUUGUUCAGCACAAUGGGGCAGUGAGUGCCACUGUGGACCUGGCAGUGGGCUCUGUCUCCUUGGAAGAGGAAAGAACAUGGAAUUGCCUCUGUACUUCCAAUAUAUUAUGACAGCUUUAAAUAAAAUUAGGAAAAAAUGUG